AUGGAGGACAUGACACCAGGAAACCACUCCACAGUGAAUGAAUUCUUCUUGGCUGGGCUCUCAGAGGAGCCAGAACUCCAGCUGCCACUCUUCCUCCUCUUUACAGGAAUCUAUCUGAUCACUGUGUCUGGGAACUUGGGCAUGAUCACACUGAUUGUGCUCAGUUCCCACCUGCACACACCCAUGUACUAUUUCCUCAGCAGUCUCUCCUUCAUUGACUUCUGUCAGUCCACAGUUGUUACCCCUAAAAUGUUGGUGAGCUUUCUGACCGAGAAGAACCUCAUCUCCUACCCUGGAUGCAUGGCUCAGCUCUACUUCUUCAUCAUUUUUGGCAUUGCAGAGUGCUACACAUUAGCUGCAAUGGCAUAUGACCGCUAUGUUGCCAUCUGUAAUCCCUUGCUUUACAGUGUAACCAUGUCCUAUCAGAUUUACAGUUCUCUGAUUUCAGGAGUGUAUAUUUUUUCUGUGGUUUGCUCUUCAAUAAUCACUGGCUUCAUGUUUAGGAUUCAGUUCUGUAAGUUAAAUGUGAUCAACCACUAUUUCUGUGAUCUUCUUCCCCUCUUGAAACUUGCAUGCUCUAAUACCUAUAUCAAUGAAAUGCUGACUUUAUUUGCUGGUAUGUUUAAUAUCUGUGUCCCAGUGCUGACCAUUAUUACUUCCUACAUCUUCAUUAUUGCCACCAUCCUCCACAUUCACUCCAAGGAGGGCAAGUUCAAGGCUUUUAGUACUUGUAGUUCACACAUCUCUGCUGUUGCUAUCUUCUAUGGUUCUGCUGCAUUCAUGUACUUACAGCCAUCACGAGUGAGUUCAAUGGACCAAGGGAAAGUGUCCUCUGUGUUUUACACUACUGUUGUUCCCAUGCUGAACCCCUUGAUCUACAGCCUGAGGAAUAAAGAUGUCAGUGUUGCAUUGAAGAAAACACUUGAAAGGAAAAAAUUCAUGUAA